AGUGCCGACGCCAUUUUAAUCUAGUCCGAAAAGUUAUUUAGUAACUCUACUACACCAACAUCAACAAUGAAUAAAAUUCCUAAAUAAAAUUAUAGAGAUUUUUAUUUUUCUAAAAGAUGGUAACACUGGCAGCGCCAAAUAUUUAAACGCUGUUUGAUCAAUAGUUCUCAAAAAAAAAAUCUCAUGAACUUAUUAUGGUAUUGUUUUUAAUCAAAUCUAAAAAAAUAUUUCCGAAUCUAACUAAACGGAGGCUAUAAAGUUUUUUGAACUUGGUAAUUAAAACAUUUUUUUUUUUUAAUUCAAAAAUUACAAUGGAAAUUAAACAAAAUUAUCCAAGAAAUUUAGUUGAAAGAGCAAUAAUUACUCAAGAUACACAAAAAGCUAUUACAGAAUACCACCAAUUAAAAUCACAGGAACAACAGAUCAAAAAAUAUCCAAACUGGGAUGUUGCUCAAUCUGGACAAGGAAUAAAAUUAUUAAAAGCGUACCGAGAAUUAGCACAAGCCGAGAAUAACCUCGAGACAAAACGUAAAGAACAAGUUGAGAAACAUCAACACAUGCAACAACAAUGGGCUGAAAUGCGACGAAAGGAAACACUCUUCAGAGAGCUUUUUAUCAAGUUUAAUCAAUUUAUUAUAGAAAAUGGCCAAAAACGAGAACGAGCUAUGCGAAAAAUCACUGAAGAAAAAGAAUGUUCUGAAAGAUAUCAUCAAGAAAUUGAAGAAUUAAAUAAAAAACUACAACAUUUAACAUCUGUUUGUGAUAAAAUGCAAGAAUCAAUUGAGUAUUUUAAACGAGGAAAGAAUUAUCUUGAACGCGUUGUUAACGAAACUGGUGAAUUUUCAUCAAUAAAUGAUAUCUUUAACAGAUAUGAAAGUCUGAUGGAAGCACGACAGACACAUGUUGAUAGUCAAGAUAAAAAUUUCGAACAAAUUGAAGGAAUUGGCAAUCAGAUGCAACACAUGACUCAAGAGAAAGAACAAAAAUUAAUGAAUUUAAAUAAUCAAUUAGCUGAUCUACAAAUACAAUAUGAUAAAGCAAAAGCAGAAACUAUGAAAUGGGAGAAAAUUGUUUCACAAAUAAAAGCAGUAGUGUCUGUUAAAAUUUUAGAAUUAAUUAGAAUUCAAUCAGCUUGUUGGAAUCUGUACACUCAAAUACGCAAGAGAAAAGGUCUACGAGUUGAAAUUGCUAAGGAUGAAAUAGAAACUCAAUUAAUAGAAAUUAAACAAACCAUUUUAGUACUUAAAAAUAUCGUGAAAGCUGCUGAGAAGCAAGCCUUAUUGAAAAACAAAUAA